AAGAAAGGAUGCCUUUGUCUCUUACCACGAAGGCACCGAUGUACACCGCCUGCCCUCUGCUGCGUACUACGGUAUGGAUGGAACUGUAAACGCCAGAAAUUACAACAAGGUCGUAAAAAAAGCUUAGGUAUUGAAAGAAUUGAAACAGAUAUGCCUUCGCUGAAAACUGCAUCCGUUUAACAAUACAUGCUAUAUCUAACUUAUAUACUGCAACACAUGGACGUCUUGUUAAACUUUUACAAUUUUGAGCCUGCAAAGCUAAAAUGGCUAAAUUAUGUUGGGUCUCAAAAGGCCAUUCAAAAAAGCGCGAAUAUAUUAUUGAAUGGUGGCAAAAAAAAAAUAACAAAUUACGAAGAAAAAAAUACAAAGAGGAACACCCAGUUCCUAUCCCACAACCUGAAAGGAGGAAGAACAAAAACCGUUUUGAAGAAGGCGACUGCAAAAAAAUACCUUUGGUUAUCUUUGGUGACGGGCUGAAAAAUAAAGGCCAUGUUAGGCAAUUAAAGCACAGAGAGGGCCUUGGAGAGUUGUUACUUCUCGAUAUCAAUGAGUACAAGGCCCUCAAGACCUGCAACUCUUGCUUAAACCAAGACCUACAGAAUCCAAAGUGUAGAAGAGGUGAUGAUAUCAGAAAAAUCCAUCAAGUAUUGAAGUGCAGCACUUGCAAUAUUUUUUGGAAUCGUGAUGUAAUGGCAGCUAAGAACAUGCUUCUCAUUGCACCUUCUAUCUGGAAUGGUCAAGGUCGACCUAAUGUCUUCAAAAGACAAAUCGCCACCUCCAAUGUGGUUGCCUCGUCCCACUCCGGUGCGGUGCUGGCUUAA